CUUAUUCGCUUUUAUCAGCUCGCGUUCGUUGCUAUCAGAGCCCAUCUCAGGCAAAUGGUCACCAAAUUCUGGCCCAUAAAGGUGUCAACCUCCGACUUUGUCCAGUUGAUAUGUUUCCCAUGAGAGACAACAGACCCGUGCGGGACCCUGGGCGUGUUAAAUUCACGAUUAAUGAGGCUGAAUGUGACACGGGCGACGACAUUGAGCUGGGACAAUAUGUACAAACUCAUGGGUCAAGUAUAAGCAGCCCUGACAAUGCUGGUCCGAGUCAGAGUCGUGCUCAACGGCCGUCUCUGUCUUUGAAGAUACCAACGUUUCAAUCCUCAAAUAGGGCUCGUGACACACGAGGUUCAAGGCAAUCGUGGUUGUCAGCCAGAAAACAUAAGCGACCUGCUCCACGAUCCUUGUCGAAGGUAGUGAAUCUACUCAAACUAUCCUUCAUGCUUCUAGGAAUAUUGCAAUGCAUCGCCUAUGUCCUUAGCAACCUAAGCGCUCUCUUUCCAGAUGACUUUGACCUGAUUUCCAAACCUUUCAGGGAUGUAUUAAUCACACCUGGAAGCCCUGCCGCAUGGUCACAGGAUCUCACCACAGACGUUCAACCUCUGAUGUGCCAUUCCCAUAAUGAUUACUGGCGACGAGAACCCCUUCGCCAAGCUCUCCGAGUAGGCUGUACAGGAAUCGAAGCUGACGUCUGGUACUUCGAUGACCAGCUUUACGUGGCGCACACCGUCUCUGGGAUCCGCCAAAAUCGAACCCUGAAAAACCUUUACCUCGAUCCUUUAACGGACAUCCUCAACCGUCAAAACCAGCUCCCCAACUUUCUCGGCCCGAUGGACGAGACACGCAACGGCGUCUUCGCCACCCGUCCGAUGCAAACUCUUGUUUUACUAAUCGAUUUUAAAAACGACCCUGAGCACAUCUGGCGCCGCCUGCAAUCUCAUCUCACUUACUUUCGGGACAAAAAAUACCUGACUCAUUUCAACGGCACCACAGUCAUUCAAGGUCCUUUGACUAUUGUCGCCUCCGGAAUAGCUCCUUUUGGUCGCAUCGUGCAAAGCUCAACCUACCGGGAUGUUUUCUACGACGCUCCACUCGAUAUUCUAGCCUCGUUAUCGGGUAGCAGAGGACCACCGGCACCCUUACCCCAUGAUACCGCCGACACAGAUGACUCUUCCCUCAUCGACGCGCCUUACCAUCUACAGAACGCGGCGAUUUACUCUCCCGCUAAUUCAUACUACGCGUCAGUCUCUUUUGCUCGAUCAAUCGGCUAUCCCUGGCAUUCGACUCUGUCCCAAUCUCAACUCGACCUCCUUCGCAGACAGAUUCACGCCGCCCACAGCCGCGGCCUAAAAGUGCGGUACUGGGGCAUUCCGGGCUGGCCCGUCGGCUUGCGAAAUUACAUCUGGCGCGUGCUUGUCCGUGAAGGUGUAGAUUAUUUGAGUGUGGACGAUGUCGAUGCUGUCACAAGGGACAACUGGGGCCCCAGGAAGGGCGGGUGGGGGAAAAAAUGGUGGCGAUGAAGGAGAAGGAGAAGGAGAAGGAGAAGGAAAAGGAGAAAAUACCGUAGUCGAUUAUUUAUACAUAGCCUGGGGUGUAUCAAGCAUGGCUAAGCGGACUUACUUCUUGAGAAGAGGUAGAAGUAGAUUGCUCAUGUGGCCGUUCUUGCCCAUCUUCGGAAGAGUUGCUCCAUUGUACGU